AAAGUGCACCUUGCAAUUACACCCGCUAUUCUGCCAGCUUCAUGCCCGUGCUCUUCUCCCUGUACUUUGUCACGGGCAUUCUGGGCAACGCCCUGGUGGUGUGGGUGAUCACCAUGGGCAUCAGGCUGCGCAGCAUGACAGAUGUCUGCCUCUUCAACCUCUCCGUGGCUGACCUGCUGCUGGUGGGCUCUCUGCCCUUCCUGGCGCACCAGGCGCGGGACCAGUGGGUGUUUGGGGAGGGCAUGUGCAAGCUGGUGCUUGGUCUGUACUACGUCAGCUACUAUGGUGGGAUCUACUUCAUCACGCUGAUGGGCAUCGACCGCUACCUGGCGGUGGUGCACGCCGUCUACGCCCUGCGCAUCCGCACACGCACCUACGGCAUCCUUGCCAGUGUCGUGGUCUGGAUCAUCGCUGUGCUGUCCUCGUUCCCUGAAGUGCUAGCCCUAAAGGUGAUCACAAACACUUCCGAUCUGAAGUCCAAUCUCCCCACCAGCAUCUGCCUCAGAGACUUCAGCAAAGUGGGCAACGAGGAGCACCUGAAGGCGGCCGGCAGCUUCAAGAUGAGCAUCCUGGGCUUCGUCAUCCCGCUGGCCAUCCUGGUCUUCUGCUACACCCGCAUCCUGCUCACGCUCCUUCGCAGCCGCUCGGCCAAGCGGCAGGCCGUGCGCCUGGUGGUGGUGGUGAUGGUGGCCUUCCUCUGCUGCUGGGCGCCGUACAACAUCAGCCUCUUCUUCUGGGGGCUGCACAACGUCAACUACUUCCAUGACUGCGAAUCCAGUAAUGCCUUGCUGCUGAGCCUGCAGAUCACGGAGGUGAUUGCCUACACGCACUGCUGCCUGAACCCCGUGUUGUACGUGUUUGUGGGGGAGAAGUUCAGGAGACACCUGUUCAGGCUGCUCAGCAAGAGCGUGUGCGUGAGGUCUGACUUCCUCAAGGCCUACCUCACAGCCGCCAGCACGGGAUCUGUCUACUCACGCACCACCAGUGUGGAGGAGCGCUCCACUGCCAUGUGAUGAGGAGGACCACCUCUCAAGCGUGCAUGUUAC